AUUAGUUAAGCCAUAAAACUCAAGUCGAAAAUAGAGUUCGAAUCAACCCUCAAAUCUUAAAAAUACAAUUUCAUAAUCUUAUGCCCGAAAUCCCUAUUUUUAUGCUCAUUUGCAUAUGCAGACUUUCCUUUUGCAUAUAUAGCGCACCAAUACAAACAACGGCUAACUUUGAAAAGUAGAAUUAGUUAGGGUUUAGCGAAUGGCUUCUACAUCGAAUCCAGACACCCAUGAAUCACCGCAGAAAAGCGUCUAUAAAGAUCCGGAUGAUGGGCGCCAACGUUUCUUGCUGGAACUCGAAUUUGUUCAAUGCCUCGCUAACCCCACUUACAUUCACUAUUUGGCUCAGAAUAGAUAUUUCGAAGAUGAAGCUUUUAUUGGGUACUUGAAGUACCUUCAAUACUGGCAACGACCUGAGUACAUAAAGUUUAUAAUGUAUCCACACUGCCUAUUCUUUCUCGAGCUUCUCCAAAAUCCAACAUUUCGUAAUGCAAUGGCGCAUCCUGCUAACAAGGAAGUGGCACAUAGGCAGCAAUUUUACUUCUGGAAGAACUAUAGAAAUAACCGGUUGAAACAUAUUUUGCCGCGGCCGCUUCCUGAGCCUGCAACUGCACCAAGUUCGGCUCCACCUGCAUCACUACCAUCAAGUGUAGCCCCUCCAGCCGCUCCACCUCUUGCUCCUACACCUGUUACAGCUGCAGCUCUUUCCCCGAUGCAGUACGCCAUCCCUCCUGGAUCUGGUCUUGCUAAAACUGACCCAAGGAAUGCUUCUGUUGAUCGAAGAAAGAGAAACAGGAAAGACGGAUGAUUUUCUUUACUCAUAGCACAUACCUCCUAUCAAUUAAUUCAUGAAUUAAGGCUUUUAGUUCAGACAUCUGGUGAUAGGUGACUGGAAGAUUGCUAAUGCACACUUAUUGCAAUAAUGGGUUAUCAAUGGAGUGAAGAAUUCCAAUCACCAUAUUAAAAUGUGAACUUCAGAUUUUGAUGAUAAAUGAAGGAGCUGCUUCUCUAGUGUGGUCUAAGUUUACGAACCUUUGUCUAUCAUCUAUGGUAAAUGGGAGGAGUAUUUUCCACCAUGAUCAAACAUUCAGUGUCAUGAUGUUGCUUAGAUCUUACGUAUCAUUUUUUGACUCUACCAAUGGUACAUGACCUAAGUUGGAACCUAGUUGUUUUUAUCCUACAUGUAUUGUCAUUCUUGUUGCGGAAACCGAAUAUUUAGAGUGAUAAAAUCACAACUACUAUAUUGAGAGACAACUUAUAAAUAGUAACUGAGACAAUAAUAAAAAAGAACACCAAAAAUUUAUGAGGUUCGGCAAAAUUUUGUUUUUUGCCUAGUCCUCGGUCAAAUCCUACCAAACUUUAUUAUACUCCAAAAGAACACAAGUGAAAUACUUCAAGAGUGGAAGAAGUUUAAAUGCCUUAGAAGAUGAGAAGGCAAAUGAGAUGUGUGUUACAAAUGAACCAAGAGCUACCUAUUUAUAGAAAAUGAAUUUUUUCCUUUAAUGUCAUCAAUGACACGAUUGGUAUGCAAAUAUCAAGCUUUAACUUGUGAAACCAUUUAAUGGUUUGUCAAAAUUUCUACUACAAAUUUAUACAUUGACAUUUUAUGCCAAUGAAGAAUCAUUUUCCUUCAAAUGUUUACACUAGUUCAUAUAACAUCUUUAUAAAACAUUUAUGUAAGUAUUGGUGACAUUUUGUAUCACACAAGACAACGGAUCCAAACCUCCAAUUUAUCCACCCUGCUCUAAUACAAUGUGUGACAUCAUCCUCAAUCUCUUCAUUUCCUUGUUUAAUUGACCCGUGAUACUUGAAACUUUCUCUCUUGGAGAUGACUUGAGUGUCGAUCUAAACUUCCACAUUUGCCUAGUGAAUUACAUCAGUGAACUUGCACUCCAAAUAAUCUAUCGUAGUCCUACUUAAUAUGAACCCUUUAGACUCCAGGUUUGUCUCCACACCUCCAGCGUAAUGUUAUGUCUACUGCAUGCCUCAUCUAUCAACACUAUGUCAUCUACAAAUAAUAUACACCAUGGCACCCCCCAUCCCUCAAAUAUGUCGUGUUUGUUCAUCCAUCGCCACAACAAAUAAAAACGGGCCAAGAGUUGAACCUUGGUGCAACCUCGUCACGAUGGGGAAGUGCUCUGAGUCUCCUUCCACUAUCCUCACUCGGGUCUCGGCUCCAUCGUAUAUGUCCUUAAUCGCCCUAGUGUAAGCUACAAGUACACUUUUAGCCUCAUAACAUCUCUAUAGAACUUCCUUAGGGAUUUUGUCGUGUGCCACCAUAUGUAACUUUGUCUUCCUCUCUCUAGACUACCUUAUCAAUCUCCUUACGAGAUGAAUGGCUUCAGUAGUUGAACAAUUUCACAUGAAACUAAAUUGGUUCUCGAUAAUAAACACACCCUCUACCCCCCACCCCACCCUGCAUGCGCAUCUCCAUCACCCUCUCACAGACUUUUAGAAUGUGGCUUAGCAGCUUGAUACGUUUAUAGUUGUUGCAUUCUGAAUAUCACUUUUGUUCUUGUAUACAAUAGGCUUAUCAUACUCCACCUUCAUUCUUUGGGCAUUUUUGACGUCUUAAAAGUGAUGUUAAACUAGGAGUGGGCAUGAUAUAGUAGAUAUCGAAUAUCAUACCGAAAUAAAAAAAUUUGAUACUGCAGUUUUAAUAUUAUGGUAUUUGGUAUGCAUUUAAAAAAAUUGGUAUUCGAUAUUUAUAAGAAAAAUAUCGUAAUAUCGAAUGCCAUACCGAAGUUUAUAGUUACAUGUAAAAUUCAUAUAUAUUAUUGUAAUAGUAGCAAAUAUAUAAAAUAAUAUUAAUAUAAAACUAAUUAUUCAGGAGUUGGAACUUUGAAUACUCUAUCUUGAUUAAAAUGUUUUUUUGGGUUAUUGAUUAACAAAGGGGAUUUACUGGUAUUUUCUUUUGAAUGUUUCCACAUGUUUAAGGUGUUAGUAUGGCAUAAUUGAGACGUCUUUCGAAAAGUCAAAAUCAUAAUUCUCUAUUAUAUGAUUUACGUGAGUUCGGAAAAGAAAUAUUUUGUGUGAGUUGAAGUUGACCAAACUGUGGUUAUCUACCGUACCGCAAAAUACCAAAGUCAAACUUUAAAAUACCGAACCAUACCAAAUUACGUUGGUAGGGUAAUGGUAUAGUAUAUUUAAAAAUAAAAAAUUAAAUUACCGAACUGAAAUUUUCAGUUCUGUACCAUGCCAACCCCUGCGUAAUACAACUCAGUUAGCCACUCCUUGCCUGCAGUAGCUGCACUCUUCCAAAAUUCCACUGGGAUCUCGUCUGGCCCGGUCGUCCUCCCGCUUCCCAUCUUACUAACCUCCUUAAUCUCCUCAAACUUAAUAACCCCUACAAUUCCCUAAAUCUGGACUACUCUCUGAGUGCUCUGAAUCUCCCAUCACAAUAUUCCUGUAUCCUCCUUCAUUCAAGAGUUCAUGGAAGUAUGAGUUAUGACUAAUGUGUGCCUCUUCCAUCAAUACUCUGCCUUUAUUGUCUUUGAUGCACUUAACUUGGACAAGGUUACGGUCCCUCCUCUCUCUCGCCUCGGUACGAAUUCCUCUCCCCACCUUUGGCUUUGUUGUUAUUCUUUCCCCUUUGACUCUUCUAACUUCGUAUCCUCAAAGUUGCAGGUACUGACUCUCAAGGGCCUACUGUCUUUCCAGAAAACUAUGCAAAAGAUGAACUUUAUCCAUUUGGCUUGAAUUGGGUGGUGUGACACUUUAGAAUUGGUACAACCUAGAUCUGUCGACCUGAAAUUAAAUGCAGCACACAAAAUUAUACUAGCUGUAGCACUUCCACAAAAAUGGAAUUCCAAGGAUUUCCAUGUUAUCACUCAUGUCUUUUCCCUUUUUGGUCAAGUGAAGUGCUUCCCCGUAUAUAUUUAUGAGUUUUAGUUAGAAACUAUGCCGUGUGUCCUCCUCUCGACAAGAUGUACUCUUUCCUGUAUACUUAGCACAUAGUUCUCCAAUGUAAAAUCAAGUGUUGUGCUUAUACUUUAUUCUGGUUGGUCAAAUUGACCUACUUGCGGCUCUGUGACCACUCAUUAAACUUAUAUAUAUAUAUGCUUAAGCGGAAAAUUGGGUAUACUCCAAUUGAGCAUAUGGUGUGUUUCUUCCAUUAUCCUGAUAAUCUCUAUUCUUUAAAUCUAAGAAUGGCUUUUUGGGUUC